ACGCAAACGAAAUGAAAUAUUUCACAAAUAUUUAUCCGCGUAACUUUAAAAUAUACUUUAUCAAUCAAAUGACUGUUGAGGUAAAGUGUUGACCAAACAUAUUUAAUUAAGUGCUUAUACUUGUCCAAUAGCAUAUCUCACAGUGCAAGUGAGUAAAUAAACAACAACAACAACAACACAAUGAUAAGAUCCUUCAUAAAUUUGGGUCAAGAAUUUAAUUAACAAUUGCAUAGUUUAAAUUUUUAGGCAAGUGCCGGGGCGAAAGGAAGGAAACACGCCCCCGGGCAUUGCCAUUGAUAAGCAGUCUCUAUAUACAGCUCUCUGAGCCCGCUGAGCGUCAAGCUAUUACUGUGCCGAUAAGAAGAGAACUCAAAACCAAAAACGGAAGGCUUCAGUACGUAACUGAAAUUCAAGAUGUACACAUCUUUGGGUCAAUUACUUAUCGUCAGUGUGUUGUUUAGUCAGAGCCUGGUCAAUGCUCUGGAUAAUGGUUUGGCCCGCAAACCACCCAUGGCCUGGAUGUCCUGGCAGCGUUUUCGUUGCAUAACCGAUUGUGAAACCUAUCCAAAUGAGUGCAUAAGUGAAAAAUUAUUCAGUCGACAUGCUGAUCUACUGGUGUCAGAGGGUUAUGCCGAUGCUGGCUAUGAGUAUAUCAUUAUAGACGAUUGUUGGCUGGAGAAGGAACGUGAUAAUAAAACACAAAAAUUGGUGGCUAAUAAAGAACGUUUUCCCAGUGGGCUAAAUGCCUUGGCUGAUCAUAUUCAUGACAAGGGUUUGAAAUUUGGUCUAUAUCAGGACUUUGGCACUAAUACAUGUGCCGGUUAUCCUGGCGUUAUCAAUCACAUGGCCCUGGAUGCUCAGACCUUUGCCGAUUGGGAUGUGGACUAUGUGAAAUUGGAUGGCUGCUAUGCCAAUCUCACGGAUAUGGUUGAUGGUUAUCCCGAAUUUGGUCGUCUAUUGAAUGCCACUGGUAGACCCAUGGUCUAUUCAUGCAGUUGGCCAGCAUAUCAAGAGGAUGAGGGUCAAAUGCCCGAUUAUGAAUCAUUGAAGAAACAUUGCAAUUUGUGGCGCAAUUGGAAUGACAUUGACGAUUCAUUGGAAUCGGUUAUGCAGAUUAUGGAUUAUUUUUCCAAAAAUCAGGAUAGAAUUCAACCCCACGCAGGUCCUGGACACUGGAAUGAUCCGGAUAUGCUUAUCCUGGGAAAUUAUGGUCUUAGCUAUGAUCAAAGUAAACUUCAAAUGGCCAUUUGGUCCAUUAUGGCUGCUCCACUAAUUAUGUCCAAUGAUUUGGCUCAUGUUAGACCAGAAAUUAAAGAGAUUUUACAGAAUCGUGAAGUCAUUGCUGUCGAUCAGGAUGAACUAGGCAUUCAGGGACGUCGCAUUAUUUUGCGUAAUGAUAUUGAAGUCUGGCGUCGUCCCAUUACGCCCAAGACCACUUCUGGAGAAUACUCAUAUGCUUUGGCUUUCGUCAGUCGUCGAACAGAUGGAGCUCCCUAUGCCAUUAAGUUUACCCUUCAAGAGCUUGGCUUGCACAAUGAUGGCGGCUACGAUGUCCGAGAUUUGUAUGUCAAGACCAACAAUAAAUUGGGUGUUUUCAGUGCUUCAAGUCAAUUCGCUACACGUGUGAUUCCAAAUGGUGUCACUUUCUACAAGUUUACAGCGCUUUAAAGACGAGCCCACUUAUCAUCGCGUUGAUUGAUCAAUUCGAAUAAUGUUUUUUUUUUAUACAGAUACAUUUAUAUUCCAUAUGAAAGCAAAGUAAAAUUGAAUAUUACUAUGAAAUGGGAAA